GUUCUAUUACGACGGUGACGAUUCUAGGUGGAAUUGUCGUCUUCUCCAACCGGCGAAGGUUUCAUUGCGCCCUUGGAUGUAGCCGUGGUACAGACUGGCCUUUCGGGUGGCGCUAUUGUUAGCGAGCCUAUUGGAUUUCAGCCUCUCCUUGCACGCCGCAGUUUGAGAGACCAAGGAUCCGUCCCCCUUGAGCCGGUGGAUCGUAACUUCCAUAGGAACACUCUAGGUUAGUUGAAGUGCUAAUUUCUGUCGAUGAAGUCUCAAGUGCUGUGCGAAGCGCAGUGCUAGGGAAUCUCGACUGGUAGUUUAGUCGAGGGAUGGCAGUGCUCGCAUUGUUUUGCACCGUGGAGGAUACGUCAGCGGCGUACUGUCGUCGGACAUCCUCGUAUUAGUAGCGCUCAGAAGCUCGGCCAAGGCUGCGUGUUUUCAGGGGUGCACCAGGUGCUAUGCGGAGUGGUUAUUGUUAGGGUGUUUGCGGCAUAGUGAAGAGUGGUCGCGCGUGAGCUCGGUGGGAAGCCUAAUUGUUGGUGCGCUCAUGUGCUCGGAGUUCAUGUCAGGGGUUGCCAGUGUUGGAACAGGGGCUCUAAUGCGGGGUGAAGUUUUGAAUCGUAGUGGGAGGUUGGCUGACAUGUAGUCGGAGAGAGGUCGAGUUAGUUGAGGAUGUCCUAUUCUUCUUAGUGGUGAGUGUUAAGGGUAUCAAGUUUCGGAGGUUAGCAACGACUCGACUGGCGUUGUGGCGAGCGUCGCUAUGAUGGAGGUUGUGUUUGCUUGCGUUUAAUUUUAAUCAAGCGCCACUUUUGUCGUCUUGGCCACAAUUUUCUCGAGCAGUGAGAGCAAUGACGAUUGUACUGCGCUGUUCUCCUCGUAGCAUUUCUUAGUGCUCUUAUAAUCAUUAUUGUUGAGUUCGUUCUAGUGAACUGCAAUUGUAGUGAUUGUCUGCGUGGAGGUGCGAUUCAUAUCUACGAUAAAUGAAAAUGAUGACUCGACUGAGGAGGAGAGGGGAUGCCUCCAGAAGUGAACAUGGACAACCUGAUGCUGUAACAUAUGUGAGGCGCCAGAGAUGUGACUCCACUAGGAACUGUGUGGGAAUUGAAGUCGGUCUGGAGGAUCGAGCUGGCUCCUCGUGUGCUUCGUCAUCGUACCGUAGAGUUCCUGAACUAACUCGCGGAUCAUCACAUAUAUCUUUAAGAGGACCCGUGCUGAGAGCUGAUGGGGCGGCAGUAACGGAGAUUAGGGUAAAUUCUAUUAGUGAGCAGAGAAUCAAAGGUUUAGACCGUAAUGUGGAUACUCGAUCUCAAGUUACUCAUAGGCGCAAGAAUUGGAGACCAGGGCAGGCGGUUAAAUUAGUGGAUGUACAAAAUAUGUCUUGCAUUCCUGAUGCCCCUUUAGAAAAGGGGAGACUAGUUGAAGACAUCGAUGUAGGGUGCGGUGCUCUUCCAGAUGAACUCGAUAACGUAAACUCGUUCACCUUGUUAUCACCUUCAGAAAAAUCUCCAAUUUCGACAUCACAAGAGUUUGGGCCUUCAUAUCCCCAAAGGAAGAAGUUAGUGGCACCUAGAACACCUCUUACCCCCGCUUCGCAGCUUACUGUGAUGCAGACUCCGAUGCGUAAGAUGAAGUUUCAAUCUAGAUCUGAAUCUCCUUUGGAAAGAUUGCCGGUCGAGCUACUGGUACAUAUUGUAUGUAGACUACAUCAUGACCAGCUUAAACCUGUCUUCCACGUCUGCCGGUCCUUACAACAAGCGGUUAGCAUUGCUAGGCAAAUGCAUUUCAAUUUUACUACGCCGGAUUAUGAAAGGCAAAAAACUGUCAGUUUUUACACUCCUAAACGUCAUCGAGACUUUUACUUCACUGUUAGUGAAGCUCCUGGAGGUACAUUGGAUGUGCGACCUCCAACACCUCAGGCUCCCAGACACCCCCCUAAGCCACAACAUGCGCGAAUUCCAUUGGCUGACAUGAAAGCAAUUGUUGCUCCGUUGUUUCAAGGUCCCAGAGAUACCCCUCACAGACCUCCAGGUAUACCUCGUCCAACAUUCAAAGCAGUGGCAUCGCACCGGGUUCUCUUCAACGAAGAAGAGUUUCGUGAUGCAGGAGCCCCAGCUACAGUUGCAAGUUAGGCUUCACUACCAUGAGCUCAUGGUAGUGAAGCCUAAAACGCUUGUCCGUGAGGACUUCUGUGGUACAUGUUGAUUAUCAAGUGUCUGCCCAAGCAAAUGCUCGUCGCCCGGGUGUACCAUCUAAAGAACAACUUAUAUGGAAGAUGUGUCGGACCGUUUUCAACCGAGAGUCGAAAACAUGGCCAUCCGCCAUCGAUAUGUAUCCUCUACAAAUGUGGAAAUAUAGAUGAAGCUGAAAGUAGAGCAGCUUCGGAGAAUGUAACAUAUUUUUUAAAACAUCCACUAGGUGGAUAUGAAUGUGAAAUAAACUUCUGUACACAGUCUUUGUACAGAAACCCCACUCUGGAUAGUUCAGUUAA